CUCUCCCUCAUUAUUUCCUCUCAAGCGCCGCCAUACCUUCCCUUCGUCGAGGCUUCGGGCCUUCUUCCCUCAGAGGCCUCCCACCCCCCCCACCUAAAACGGAGGGAGGAACAGGAGGAACCUGAUUGGUCCGCUCUGUGGACACGCCCCUUUUUCUUAUCCAGGGCGGGGGAGGGGGAAACAAAAGGCAGAGGCGGCGCGCAUGCGCAGAAGGGCAGAAAGCAGCAGCAGAACUCCAGCCGCCGCCAGUGCUGAGGGAGCCCCCUGAGAUGCAUCCAAAUUAUAUAGAAGAGAGGAUUGUGGCAGUUGCCAUUGCCAUGGAACAGUGAGGAAAGCUACACCUGCAGAAAUUAUCCAUUCUAUAAACCACUCACGCUUCAGUGUUGCAACAUGGAGCCUCGGCAGCCGGUGCCUUUGCAGCCAGAACAAAGUUUUGUCCGUGAUGCCAAACAGAACAUGGCUGAGCUAUCCCUGUGGACAGUGGUGGCUGCCAUCCAAGCUGUGGAGAGAAAAGUAGAUUCUCAUGGUACACGGCUGCUUAACCUCGAACGGAGGAUGAUGACCAAUGAGAAGAAAUAUGUGGACUGUGAAAAUGCAGUGGUGGACUUUGGCAAUCAAAUGGAGUGCAAAUUGACUGCUCUGGGGACCCUGAUCCAAGAGUAUGGGCUGCUACAGAGGCGGCUGGAGAAUAUGGAGAACCUGCUGAAGAAUCAGAACUUCUGGAUUCUGAGGCUUCCACCAGGCUCCAAGGGGGAAACACCCAAGGUGCCAGUGACCUUUGAGGACAACGCGGUCUACUUCUCUGAGCAAGAGUGGGGGAACCUGGAGGAGUGGCAGAAGGAGCUCUACAAGAAUGUGAUGAAGAGCAACUACGAGUCGUUGGUCUCACUGGACUAUGCAAUUGCUAAACCUGACCUUCUGUCACGAAUUGAACAAGGGGAACGUCCCUAUGAGGAGGAGGAGGACGAAGAGGAGAUCUCCAAGGAGAGAGAGAUUUCUGCAGAACCCAGCCCAGAAGCAUUGGUUUUUAGACCAGGCCUGGCAUCCCAGAUGGAAGGGGCAGAAAAUGUACAAGUUAGUGGAGACCAGGAGAAAGCUGAAGGAAAGCCAGCCUCUAGUGAUCUCAAUGUUGACUACGGGAUGGCUGCUUCCUCCUUCGACUCCCAAGUGAAACGGGAUCAAGAGGCGAACCCAGAGGGCCCAGCAGUCUCUGAGGGAGGUGAACUGCACGUCAAGCCAAGUACGGCUCCUUCGACAGACAAGGAGUUGAACAAACCCAAGGGAUCACCCAAAAUCUUUGAGCCCUGGCUGCCAGUAGAAGCAUCCCGGGAGAGUCCUCUUCAAGCUAAAGGCUCCCUUUGCCCUGAAAUGUGGCUGAGGCCACCUCUCGGAGGAGAAGGUCGGGAGUCUGGACCCCUUGAAGCCAACCUGGCCCAGUGGCCAAAGCAAGGGGAGACCAGGUCUCACACCUGCCCAGAUUGUGGAAAGAGUUUUGGCUUCCCAGUCGGCCUCCAGGAUCACCAUCGGAGCCAUAGCAUUGGCCUGGCCUCUCAAGGGAAUGGCCAAGCGUCUCCAAGGAAUGAGACCCUCCUAGUACAUGCACUCAGCUGCCAACCGGAAGAAGGGAUGGAGAGGCAUUCACCCACCCCAGCAGGGGAGAAGGCCUGGUCGUGCCCCUGGUGCCAACAGCGUUUCCGGCUGCGGGUCAACCUGUUGAUCCACGAGAGCAGCCACUUGGAGGCGGCAGCUGAUCUGAACGGCAAGGACCGGUUGACUUGCCGCUUCUGCCCCCGGCGCUUUGGGCGGUCGGACCACCUCCUGCGCCACCAGAUGAGCCACACCGGGACCCGGCCCUACCAGUGCUCAGCUUGUGAGAAGAGCUUCACAGACAAAAGCAAGCUGACCAACCACUACCGCACCCACACAGGUGAACGUCCCUUCCACUGCUCUGCCUGCGGGAAGCAUUUCAUCCGGCGGCAUCAUCUAGUCAAACACCAGCGGACCCACACCCGGGAGCGGCCCCACCAGUGCCCCGUCUGCCUGAAGAGGUUCAUGCAGAAGCACCACCUCCAGAAGCACGUCCGAACUCACACGGGCGAGAAGCCCUACAAGUGCAGCCAAUGCCCCAAGGCCUUCUCCAGCAAGCAACGUCUCCUCCAGCAUUGCUGUGCAUCAGGGCCAGGGAUGGUAGUGGAUGCCAUGGUGGCCCAAGGCUCUGCCCUUUGAGGGGAAGACCUUUGCCCUUCUAUCUACCUCUUAAUCUUUUGCAGGCUGGAUAGUCUGCCAAGGUGCUGCCACUUUCGUCGGUGAUGUUUUGCUUUGAAAAGGUUGCGAAAAUUCAAAACAAAUGGUUGGAUGUUGCAUUGGCUACUAAAAAAAAUACAAAUUCCAUAUUAUGUUAGUAUCCUAAGUCAAGCCAAAAGGGCAACACUGUUGUGAGAAGCCCCAAGCAAUUGACUCAGUUGAGAGACUAUGGAAAACCUCAACAUCUCUACAAAUUCAGCAGUGUGGGACAGGUUGUGAAUUUUGUGUGGUGUUGAGAGGCUCCUUGCAAGACGUUGGCUCCUGUACAUUGUACAGUAAUUCUAAACAUGUGGGGUACAAUUUAUUGUGUUGAGUAAAUAGAUGGAGAGUGGACCUUGGCACCUACACCAAAGUAGGGAAGACUUAAACAUGACAACAAAGACAGUCUUAAUAGUGCUUUGCACUUGUGUUUAGAAAUGUGUUGUGAAUGAAUGUAAGUAUUAUUAGAGCUUAAAGGAUGCCACCUAGGCUGUCCUUGUUUUAAAAAUCAGCCCAAAGGAAUAUGGCAUUGGGACUCAAUGGGGUUGUGGCAUCUUUUGUCUAGCGUGGGUGGGCUUUCACAUUGGGUCAUGGAUAGUAGUCAAUAGAGGUUGGGGGUGGGAUUUUCAAUUGCGAGGGACUUUAAAAAACAAACAUUCUUAAAAUGGUGGCUAUGUAAGAAAGGAAUGCCUUGCUAUUCCUAGGAGGUGGCGGUACUGAUAUCUGCAGAACUGGAUACUCUUUGCCUCAUGCAGCUAGAUUCUGUGCAUGUACUCAGAAGGGAAGGCUUACUGGGUUUAUUUGGACAGUGCUCGCUUGGGGGAAUUCUGGAAGAUGUAGUCUGAAACAAACAUAACGUUUCCAUGUUUGGCAGCUGCCAUGAUUUAGAUUGCAGCAUUACAUGCUUGGAUUCCCUGGCAACAUCUGGAGUCCCUCUCUCUGGCUCACUGGUCUAAAAGUCGUGCUGUACAUAUUAAUGGUGCACAGGAAAUUCCCACAAUGCAUUUGUCCAAGUGGUUUUGCUGAUGAUAACUAUUCAGCGGACCUGGAACCAAGAUGAACAAGCUUUGUGGAAGGCUGCUUAGAGGGGCUGAACCUGGAUGCCGUACCUGCAUUGCAUCAAGUCCUUUCAAGAACAAUGUUUAUGAGGCUGGACAUCUUCUAGGUGUCCCUGUAGUGAGUCUCUUUAGAAUCAUGUGAGCCUGUGCUUUUUUUUUUUUAAUGCCAUCAUAUCUUUGUUUAAAAUGUGCUUCUUUGCUUGAUCAAGUAGAUUGCAAUUUUGUGUUUGUGUGUCUCAAGGGGAGAAGGAAUAAACAUUCUAUUUUGGG